UCUUCACACACACUACAAAAACAAGAUAACAAAUUCCGUCUCCGACUCUUUUGGAUCUUUGAGGCAUUCUACCUUGGAAUGUUUCUCUCAUGUUUCUCCACAAGCAUAGCUGAAAACACUCCUUUGCUUUACACUGUUACAUCCCAUUCUACGCUAUCUUAUUUCUUUCAUAUUUUCUGACAAACAUAGCUCGAAACCUAAAUAGAAAUGGCUAGGCUUCGAAGUAGCAAGCGUAAUUCUUCCUCUAGAUCAUACACAUCAACACUAACCACCAUCGCCUUCAUAGCAUUGUGUGCUAUAGGUGUUUGGAUGCUAACUUCAAACCCACGUGUUACUCCACAAACCACAACUCACGUCGCCAAACCAGUCAUUACCACCACCACAGACAUUGCCGCCGACGCGGAUGUUUCAAUCUCCAAUGAGGUAGAACACACUGAAUCCAGGAGCAAAAAGCACACCCAUGUUUAUGAAGACAAUCCAGGAGAUCUUCCCGAUGAUGCUAUCAAAUCCGACGAGCUUAAAAGCAAUGAUGACAGUGACAAUAAAGAAGAAAGUAACUACGGGAAACAGGAAACGGAUGGUGGUGAUAGUAAGGCUGAUCAAGAGAGCUCAUCACAGGAUUUAAAGGGAGAAGGAUCUCGUGAGGAGCAGCAGAAACAGGAGGAAAGACAGAAUCAGAUAUCUGAAGAAAGUUCACACACUCAAAAUCGACAAGCUGAUCAAACCAGCCAAGAAAGUUCUCAAUCUGAAGGUAGCCAGGAAGCAAGUGUCAAUCAAGAACAAGAAACAAAUGCCAGCCAAGAAGAAAAAACGAAUGACAAUCAACAACAAGAGCAAAGUACAGUAUCUGAAACUGAUGAUAGUAAUUCACAUGAUUCUAUAAAUCAGAAUGAAGAACAAGAUCAAGCACAACAGCAGCAGCAGCAGCAACAAGAAGAUGUCGAAAACAGUAGUAAGGAUUUACAGGAUUCUCAGAACCAAGAAUCAAAAGAAGACCAACAACAAGGUUCUGGACUCGAUGAAAACAAUCAAGAAUCUGAUCACAAUGAGAAAACAUAUGAAGAGCAACAACAAGAGCAAAGAAUAGAAGAUACUGGAGGUCAGAAUUCUUCUCAAGAAUCCCAAAAAGAGGUAUCUGAAGAAGAUAAAAAACAAAGAAUACAGCAGCAGCAGCAGCAGCAACAAAAACAAGAUGUUGAAGAUAGUAGUAAGGAUUUACCGGAUUCUCAGAACCAAGAAUCGAAAGAAGACGAGCAACAACAAGGUUCUGGACUCAAUGAAAACAAUCAAGAAUCGAAUCAAAAUGAAAAACCAUUUGAAGACCAACAACAACAAGAUAGUACUGUAAUCAAUGAAAGCAAUCAAGAAUCUGAUCAAAAUGAGAAAACUUAUGAUGAUCAACAACAAGAGCAAAGACAAGAGGAUACUGGGGUUCAGGAUUCUUCUCAAGAAUCCCAAAAUGAGGUAUCUGGAGAAGAUCAAAAACAAAGAAUACAGCAGCAGCAGCAGCAGCAACAACAAACACAUGAUCAAGAAACCGAACAAGAAUCUCAGGUGGAUAGCAACACAAACCAAGAAACCAAGCAGGAAUCAAGCUCGGGCGAGUCAGCAUUUCCAGGUGGCGGGAACCCAGGAAUACCAAAAGAAUCAAAGGAGUCAUGGUCAACUCAAGCAGCAGAGUCAGAGAAUCAAAAGGAGAGAAGGAAGGAGGAAUCAGACGGUAAUGACAGCAUGUAUGGGUACACUUGGCAACUCUGUAAUGUCACUGCGGGUCCUGAUUAUAUACCUUGUUUAGAUAAUGAAAAGGCCUUAAGACAACUACAUACAACCGGACACUUUGAACAUAGAGAGAGGCAUUGUCCUGAGCUUGGACCCACUUGUUUGGUUCCACUUCCUCAAGGUUACAAAAGACCCAUCACAUGGCCUCAAAGUAGAGACAAGAUAUGGUAUCACAAUGUACCUCAUCCAAAAUUGGCAGAGGUCAAAGGUCAUCAAAAUUGGGUUAAGGUUACUGGUGAGUUUUUGACCUUCCCUGGUGGUGGAACUCAGUUCAUACAUGGAGCUCUUCACUAUAUUGAUUUUGUUCAACAGGCUGUGCCCAAAAUUAAAUGGGGAAAGCACACUAGAGUGAUACUGGAUGUUGGGUGUGGAGUUGCAAGCUUUGGUGGUUAUAAUUUUGAAAGGGAUGUUCUUACAAUGUCUUUUGCACCCAAAGAUGAACAUGAAGCUCAAGUCCAAUUUGCCCUUGAAAGAGGAAUACCUGCAAUAUCUGCUGUCAUGGGUUCCCAGCGUCUCCCGUUCCCUAGUAGGGUCUUUGAUCUCAUCCACUGUGCGCGUUGUAGAGUCCCUUGGCAUGCAGAAGGUCACAACCUUUUCAUAUCUCCAGUCUGA